GAAAGGGUGUUGGGCGAGGCUGUGGAGGAGCGCUGGACUGUGGCUGCUGAAGUGCUAGUGGGGCUGCCUCAUACACCUUUUUUGUCCCCGGGCAUUCCCCGGGCACAUUGAAUGCCUGUGCUUGCCCAGCCCUCAAGAGAGAGGGACGUCUGUGCUGAAACCGAAAAGUCAUAUUAGCGGAUUUAUGAAGCGUGCCGAAAGCGAGAAGAGGGCCCCAAAAUGUGUUCACUUGUACACUUUUUUUUUUUUUUUUUUUUAGGACUCAGAAGGACUGCGUUGUUUUUCACAGUUACAGUUCACGACGAGGCUGUCCAAGCACUUACGGUGAUGAACCUGCAAAGGAGACUGAAGAGGCGUUUAUUAUUAGAGAAGGCAAGGGAAAACAGCGUUUCACGGAGGGAGUGAUUAACCGCAGAGUGCUGCUAAGGAAGUCAAGUGUUUUCAAAGCUGAAAAUGAUCCUUGGGGAUGAAAUCUGAAGAACACAGAACAGAAAGAUGGGAUGAUGCUGGAUCCUUGGUGAUGUCAUUCAGCCACUGAAUUGGAAUCCAUAGGCUACUUAUUCUACCUCCAAACAUAUGAGAUACCAUAUUUCUGUGUUGUUAAAUUUCCGGUAAUUAUAAAUAAAGACAUUCUAACUUUAUAUAAAUUCCAGAAUGUAGACGACUUGGUGCUCAACUGGCUCUCUUAAUCCAGAAAUUCCAAGUUUACAUUUCCAGUGACUGAGGAUAACCAAAAUAAAAGACAUGAAUGGAAUCAGUUGGUCUUGAAGUUCUGAACGGAACUCUGGUACAAAGUUAUUUUGGAGUCAGAACCAACAGAUCUCUAAUAUUCCUUGGGUCUGAAAAUUGCAGCAACUGGUGAGACAGAAGGUCUCAUGGCAGAAUGGAAGACUUUACUGAAGCCAAAUCUUUGGAUAUUGGGCCCAUCUAUUUCUUUGAUCAGAUGAAACCAAAAAGGAAAAUAUGGGAAAAAAGAGAACAUGAAGGCCAUUUCCCCCAUUUGAGAUACACCUCAAGAGCUAUUUAUAGUCAUACAAACAGUACAGUAUCUAAAGAACAAAAGGAAGCAAGACUAUCUACAGUAGCUGAAUGUGAGAAGAAAGAUGAAUUCCAUUCAUCUGGGAUCUCACAAAUUUCUGGUGUUUCCAAGUUUUCAUCUAACCUUCGAUUCACCAAAAUAUACCGGCAAAAGAAUCUAUUUGAAGAAUAUAAACUGAUUGCUGCUGAAAUACUGAGUGAACUUGGGGAGAUGUUGCAGAAAUAUGCUGAGUAUAACAUUACUUUCCCUGCGGGAAUUGUAAAUCUUAUGAAUUACAGCUGGCAUGAUCUUAUUGAAGGUGUUUGUAAGUGUGCAACGAAAAAUCUGAAGAAAAACAAUGCCUUAAAAAGAGAUUCCAAAAACAUGACCCAAAUCAGCACCUGUGCAAGAGAGGAAUAUCAUAAGGAAAAUCAUCUUGUGAAAGCAAAAAAAGACCACCCUGUUUCAUCGGCUCUUGUCAAACAAAACCAGUAUUCACAGAUCCCGCAGGAUAGCCAUUUACCUGUUGUCAUCCACUUCUCCCUGUUAUCCAAGAUCUGUUUAGAAAAUGGUUGGAUCUUUCAACAUCCUCACUCAAAAUUGGAAAUUCUGAAAUGGAAGACAAUCCUCAAUACUGCUGUGAAGAGACUACAAGAAGCCAUAAUUCAAAUAAAAGCAGAAGAAGCAAAGCUUAAAAAAGAAGGAUUCAACAAAUGUCUUAUCCUGCGCCACUAUAAUGAUCCUAAAGGCAUGGUGAAGGUAGACAACAGUCCCAAAGUUUCCCAAUGUUUCUGGCUGGAGCUGCUGAAGAGGAAGCCUAAGAUGCCAACAGUCAAAGAGGCUGACCCAGAGAUGAAAAAGUUCCAUUAUGCCCUGGUAGAUGGUUCCUCUUUGACCUACUAUCCUUCUGGCCGCCUCGCUGUCUGCCAAAGCUAUUCUGCUCUCCCUUGGGGUGGCAUGUACACCAACAUAUUCAGUGACCUGCCCAACCAAGUUAUCCUGGGAACCUUUACACCUUUUGGAUGUGGUAGCAUUUCUUUUCCUAAAAGCCUAAUAAUAUCAAUGAUGUUUAAUCAGGAUGGUGGCAUGGUGAUCGGCAAAAAAGGAAACAUUAUAAGGGAAUGGAUGUGGCCUUCAAAGGGAAAACUUGAUGAUCCAGUUGAAAUUUGGGUGAACGAGUUCAUUACAGUGGAGAUUUCUGGGCGCUUUGCCAUAACCUUGGUCUACAAAUGGCAUCCCCAAAGCCUAAAGCUAUCUCUGGCACCUGUAAAAUGCAAGUUUUUCCAUCAAGGCUUACCUGAGGAGCCAUUCCCUGAUGUCAACCCCAUCUCCAAAGAAGCCAUGGAGUUAUUCAAGGCCUAUAAAGUAAAGUGCAAACAUAUGAAAUCUGCAACACAGGACAAAGAUCCUUCGAGUUUAACAGACACAAUGAAAAUAGCUACGUUUGAUCCCGUAAUGGACAUAAGCCCUAUGUCUGACAUCACAACAGUUAUUAAAUUAAGAAGACUGCAGAAAAAGGUCAAGCACAUCCUACUUCACUGGCUGGAUUACUACAGAUUUGCUUUAGGAAUUGAAUCCCUGUACAUUUGCAAAAUACCCAAGUCGCCACAAAAAGUGAUCAAGAAACAAAAAGUCUCAUCAGCAAAAUUUCCUCUGAAACAAAGUACAAAGGAAAAAGAUGAGAAUAAGGAGUAUCUUCAAUACCAAAAUACCUUCCUAAAACUGAAAGGUAUCUUUCAGCCUUCGCCUCUCUAUUGCAUCCGGAAGACCCCAGUCAGCAAUCAGUACCUCAGGCUUCCUCUUCCUCCCAUUGAGAGCAAGGACGCAUGGUUUGCUUCCCAGCUGCUUUGUCCUGUGGUCCUCAGGAGGACACUGUGUGGGAAGGAAGGGGGCACAUGCCAAUGUGGCACUUACAGCAUCCCUGAAGUGACAGACCUGGAGUAUGAUCACCUUAUAAGCACCCAGCUGUCCUCCGUGGAUCAGGUCAUUAUAGUCCACGUGACCUCAGCUAAGGAAACAGACAAGACUAUAAAAGAAAUGGCCCAGGUGUAUAGGAAACUGAACAGAUCCAAAAGCAUGCCUUGCAUUCAGAGUUGUUCAGAUCCCUUUCGAUUGCUCAAAUACAACAUCACCUCUGCAUCUAAAUUUACUGGCAACAGUUGUCCACUUCUGGUUCAAAGGCACAAUGUCAUUCCAGGAAUUUUUUUGAUGUACAUUAGGGGAAAAUUAGUAUUUGCCAACUUUAUUUUCAAUGGCUAUAGCACAUCUGCUAAAGACCUUCAAAAGCAAAUUGUGAAGACAAAGAGUGAUUAUCAUACAGGAUAUUUCCUACCCAAUGACUUCAGGAUCCGGUAGAGUAACUAAUAUAUUCUAUC